GGUAUCAUCAAAACCAAACCUGGAAAACAUUGUUAUCGACAUCGAAACUGUUAUCAAUGCUAACAGCAUCGACGAAAAACAUACAAAACCUCCCCCGCUCCUUCCAGCACAAAUCAACAGCGUCAGGAUGACGGUAUCCAAAUUAAUACGAGAAGCAACAACAAAACACCAGGACAACGCCGAAGUACGAGUAGUGAAGGAACUCAAGGAGAAACCCGUGUACUACCUAAAAGCGGACAAGGGAAACCGGGUAGUAAUCAUGGACCGGGACGAAUACGACAAGGAACUUCUUGAGAAACUCGGAAACAGGGAAAAAUAUUCACUACAACGAGGAUACACGCUAAUCGAUAUGGUCAAAAAAGUAGAGAACACCAUCAAAGAAUGUGCAGGCCUUUUGAAAUCGGUUGGGAAAACUGCAAAAUCGUUGAGAGUACCGAACCCAACUCUACCAAGGAUUAAAGCACUACCUAAAGUGCAUAAACCAGGCAACGAGAUGCGAGAAAUCAUUUCAGCAGUGGAUGCCCCAACCAGUCGGAUCGCAAAGUGGCUUGUCGAGGAAUUCAAGAGUAUGCCGAAACCCUUCCCGAGCCGUUCGAUCAUCAGUUCGCAGGUGUUCACAAAGGAGCUCUUAGAGUCGGGACCGAUAGCUGAGGAUGAAAUAAUGGUUUCCUUCGACGUAACAGCACUGUUCCCAAGCAUACCAGUAAAAAACGCAAUAGGAACUCUACGGGAUUGGCUGCAAUCACAAUACGAGGGAGAACCAUGGAGACAAAAAACGAUCCAGUAUAUAACAUUCGUCAAAUUAUGCAUGGAACAGAGCUACUUCCAGUUCAGGGAUUGCAUCUACCAACAGAGGAUGGGAGCAUCGAUGGGUAACCCACUGUCACCGUUCAUGAGCGAUGUUUAUAUGGCAGCUUUGGAACACGAACUACAAACCAAAAACCUACUACCAGAACGUUGGUGGAGAUACGUAGAUGACAUCUUCUGCAUCAUCAAAAGGGACUCACUAACAACGGUACUGGACACCAUAAACAGUGCACGCAGGAGCAUCAAUUACCUUUCUUAGACAUCCUGAUCCUAAGAGAACCAGGUUGCCCAUCUUCGUUUUCUUUCGAGAUCUACAGGAAGCCAACAAACACCAGAAGAACAAUCCCAGCCACGUCAAACCAUUCAUUCCAACAUAAGAUGGCAGCAUAUCAUUAUUUUAUACAUAGGAUGACAACUUUACCCCUCAGCGAAGCAGGAAAACAGAAAGAAUUGGAGUACAUAUUUGAAACAGCGGAAAUCAACGGUUACAGCAGAACAACUAUCCAAGCAAUCAUCGAUAAGAAGGAAAGAAAACUGCACAGAACUUCACUCACAACCCUUACGCCAUCAGCAGAGCCACUGCGAAGAGCAGCAGUAGAAUUCGACUACAGGAUAACACGCCCAUUACGACAAAAACUGGCUAAAUUUGGCAUCGAUUUAGUGUUCAGCAGUAGAAACAGCCAGUUGGAAUCCAUCUUAGGUUCAACGAAAGACCCCAUACCGACUUUAGGCAAACCCGGCAUCUACGAGGUAUCCUGCGGCCACUGUGAUAUGAGCUACAUUGGACAAACUAAGAGAUUGCUGCAAACCAGGUUGGAUGAGCAUAUACACACAUAUGUCAAAAUUGCCAUGGAGGAAAAACGGAAAGGAUUUGUCCCCCAUUUCAAGUCAGCAGUAACCGAACACAUCAUCGAGGAAAAACAUAACAUCACAGCUAGCGACGCGGUCAUCUUAAGACACAUCACUAACCCAUCGAAGCUGGCUGUCGCUGAAAGUUUGGAAAUCUUCAAGGCAGGCAACAAACGUUUACUCAACAAGGAUUCAGGUAACGGCUCAACGUGGCUGUUUAAGCUGUUACCUAUACAAGCACAAAAGAAGAACGAGGAGGUAGUACCUACAGUAACUACAAAUAUGGAUACACCAGCGAUGAACCUUCAGUCGAGAACAGAACACUGAUGAAGUCUGCAAGUAGUAGACGAAAUACGUAUCUGUCAAGAUAUUAAAAUAUAUAGCGGAAUUAAAAGGAACAACUCGUCUCUUUGUAUUCACAGUAAUGCAUUCUGCUAAAACGCUCAACCAAAC